AUGGUGCUGCGACCCGGGAGUACUACUUCGAAUGACGGGCUAAUGAUCCAAGAGGCAUCAGAGGCAGGUGCGCGGUCGGCUGGAAGGUCGCCGACCGCAAGAGAGCACAGUGAGAGACCUGUCGCGUCGUGGAGCUCUGAGGGAACCUUCACGACAGGCCACGGGGCCAGCGACGACCAGGAGGGCUACGAAGAACAGUUUGCCGUUCCCGAUGCGGCUCCCGACGAGGGAGCCGCGAAGGGCCGCGACGUAAGUCGCGGUCCUACUGGUCGGAAGCCUGCAAAGGCCGACGACCAACAACAACCCACCGCCAAGGCCGCCGCCAAGCGCAAGUCGCCCAAGAGGAGGAAGAAGAAGAAGCUGUGCGCGCCGGAUUCAGCGGAUGGACCGCCGGUCAAGGCGAGAGGCGAUGACACGAGGAAUCAGUUCACCGCGGCAGAGAUGAGGUAUAUGCUUGCUGGAGUGGAGCUGAUCCGGCUGCUGGAGCACGAUCCGAUCCUGCGUUUCAUCAAGCCCAACGCGAUCAAGUUCACGGGUCCUUUCCGGGUGCCGGACUAUGACAUGCUCACGAACGUCACGCGAGCCGCAGGGCGACACUCGAACGAUCACACAACCCUCAAACCGUGCCAUUUUAUCACACAAUUAUCACGCCGCACGCACGCACAAAACGACCUAUACCGCCAACUUCCAGCGUCGACUGGACACCAUAUCGCACUCGCAUCGCCCACAGACCACCACGCAUGCUUCAAGACGAUCGCAGGACCCAAAACAUCCCGCGACUUGACCCCUCCAUCUACGGUACUCAGCAGCGCUCGGUUGGAUCCUCCUCGCAAUCAGCCGGUCGCGGCGGUAGUGUACACGCCACCUACCUAUCGAGGAGCCAAACGGGUCAUCUCUUUCUGCGCACGGGUUGCUUCGGCAUCAUGGCAUCAUGUGCCCAAACCACACUGUGUCGCCGGCCUUUUGGCCCAGCCCAACACCUCGAGGCACACUGCCACGAUCGUGCCUGCUGUGCCGUGCCAGCAGCGGUCAGUCCCAUUGCCUGACCUACCUGCGGACAGCGCAGUUGGUUUCGAGCCUGGCGGGGUUUGGAAAUCAUCCGUUGAGAAAUGGUCGCUUACGAAGCGGACGGGCGUGUGGGAACGAUGGUUGUAG